AUGACCUUCGACUCACUCAACCACAAGCAAUAUCUCCAGCUCGCACUAGACGAAGCGUGCAAGAGUCCGCCCAAGCCGACCAAUUUCUGCGUAGGUGCAGCUCUGGUAUCCCCCUCACGCAAUACCAGGGUCCUGGUCACUGGCUACACCCUCGAGUGUCCCGGCAACACGCACGCCGAGCAGUCAUGCUUCAUCAAGUAUGCACAAUCCAAUGGCUGCGGCGAAGACGACCUAGGCGACCAUCUCCCCACAGACACGAUCCUCUAUACCACUAUGGAACCCUGCAAUAAGAGGAGCAAGGGCCAUGCGCCUUGUGUUGACCGAAUCUUGGAUCUCAAGCGAAGCGACGGAAGUCAGGCCAUCAAGAUUGUCGUGGUUGGUGUCGCCGAACCAGAGACUUUUGUCGGUGUCAACGACGGCAAGAAGAAGUUGCAGGAUGCUGGCAUACAUGUGGUACACAUUCCAGGCCUCGAGGAGCAGAUUUUGGCAACAGCAACAGCAGGUCACACGAAUGGGAAAGAACCAGCACAUCACAAGAGAAACGAAAGCAAGAACGACAUCGACAACGGCGUCGUGGGCAUGAACUGGAACCUUUCGAAAGUGCCCAGCAAUGUCUCGAAGAGCAAGUGGGGUUCUGGCAGCACAUACACCGAAUGA